GCUCGUGGGGGCCCCUCGGGCAGUGGCCCUUCCGCUGCAGAGGGCCAACAGAACAGGAGGCUUGUACAGCUGCGACAUCACCUCCCGGAACCCUUGCACACGGAUUGAAUUUGAUAACGACGCUGACCCUUCAUCGGAAAGCAAGGAAGAUCAGUGGAUGGGGGUCACCGUCCAGAGCCAGGGUCCCGGCGGCAAAGUUGUGACAUGUGCUCAUCGAUAUGAAAAAAGGCAACACGUUAAUACAAAGCAGGAAUCCCGGGACAUCUUUGGAAGGUGUUACGUCCUGAGUCAGAACCUCAGGAUUGAAGAUGAGAUGGAUGGAGGAGACUGGAGUUUUUGUGAUGGCCGACUGAGAGGCCAUGAAAAGUUUGGUUCUUGCCAGCAAGGUGUAGCAGCUACUUUUACUAAAGACUUCCAUUACAUUGUAUUUGGAGCCCCGGGCACUUAUAACUGGAAAGGGAUUGUUCGCGUAGAACAAAAGAAUAACACUUUUUUUGACAUGAACAUCUUUGAAGAUGGGCCUUACGAAGUUGGUGGAGAGACUGACCAUGAUGAAAGUCUAGUUCCUGUUCCUGCUAACAGUUACUUAGGCUUUUCUUUGGACUCGGGAAAAGGGAUUGUUUCUAAAGAUGACAUCACUUUUGUAUCUGGUGCUCCGAGAGCCAAUCACAGUGGAGCUGUGGUUUUGCUGAAAAGAGACAUGAAGUCCGCACACCUUCUCCCCGAGCACAUAUUUGAAGGAGAAGGUCUGGCGUCUUCAUUUGGCUAUGAUGUGGCGGUGGUGGACCUUAACAAAGACGGGUGGCAAGAUAUAGUUAUUGGAGCCCCACAGUAUUUUGAUAGAGAUGGAGAAAUUGGAGGCGCAGUGUAUGUCUACAUGAACCAGCAGGGCCGGUGGAAAAAUGUGAAGCCAAUUCGUCUUAAUGGAACCAAAGACUCCAUGUUUGGCAUUGCCGUCAAAAAUAUUGGUGACAUUAAUCAAGAUGGUUACCCAGAUAUUGCAGUUGGAGCUCCCUAUGAUGAUAAUGGAAAGGUUUUUAUCUAUCACGGAUCUGCGAACGGAAUAAAUACCAAACCAACCCAGGUUCUUGAAGGUAAUUCACGCUUUUUUGGAUAUUCAAUUGCUGGAAAUAUGGACCUUGAUAGAAAUUCCUACCCUGAUGUUGCUGUUGGCUCCCUGUCAGACUCAGUAACUGUUUUCAGGUCCCGCCCUGUGAUUAAUAUCCAGAAAACCAUCACAGUAACACCCAGCACGAUUGACCUCCGCCAGAAAACAGCCUGUGGGGCCCCCAGCGGGAUCUGCCUCAAGGUUAAGGCCUGCUUUGAAUAUACGGCCAAACCCACUGGUUACAAUCCUUCAAUAUCCAUUAUAGGCACACUUGAGGCUGAAAAAGAGAGAAGAAAAUCUGGGCUGUCAUCAAGAGUUCAGUUUCGAAACCAAGGUUCUGAGCCCAAGUAUACUAAAGAGAUAACUCUGAACAAGCAGAAGCAGAAGGUGUGCAUGGAGGAAACCCUCUGGCUACAGGAAAAUAUCAGAGAUAAACUGCGUCCCAUCCCCAUAACUGCUUCAGUAGAGAUCCAAGAGCCAACCACUCGGAGGCGAGUGAAUUCACUUCCAGAGAUUUUUCCAAUUCUGAAUUCAAAUGAGCCCAAGACAGCUCAUAAAGACGUGCACUUCUUAAAAGAGGGAUGUGGAGAUGACAACGUAUGUAACAGCAACCUUAAACUAGAAUACAAAUUUUGCUCCCGAGAAGGAAGUCAGGACAAGUUUUCUUAUUUACCAAUUCAAAAAGGGCUUCCAGAACUAGUCCUGAAGGACCAGAAGGACAUUGCUUUAGAAAUAACAGUGACAAACGGCCCUUCUGACCCAAAGAAUCCCACCAAAGAUGGGGAUGAUGCACACGAAGCUAAACUCAUUGCAACUUUUCCAGACACUCUGACUUACUCUGCAUACAGAGAGCUGAAGGCUUUCCCUGAGAAGCAGUUGAGUUGUGUUGCCAACCAGAAUGGCUCACAAGCAGACUGUGAGCUCGGAAAUCCUUUUAAAAGAAAUUCCAGUGUUACUUUUUAUUUGAUUUUAAGUACAACCGAGGUCACCUUUGACACCACAGAUCUGGAUAUUAAUCUGAAGUUGGAAACAACAAGCAAUCAGGAUAAUUUGGCUUCAAUUACAGCUUCUGCAAAAGUGGUUAUUGAACUGCUUUUAUCGGUCUCUGGAGUUGCUAAACCUUCCCAGGUGUAUUUUGGAGGGACAGUCCUUGGUGAGCAGGCUAUGAAAUCUGAAGAUGAAGUGGGAAGUUUGAUAGAGUAUGAGUUCAGGGUUAUUAACUUGGGCAAGCCUCUUAAAAACCUUGGCACAGCAACCUUGAAUAUCCAGUGGCCAAAAGAAAUUAGCAACGGCAAAUGGUUGCUUUAUUUGGUGAAAGUAGAAUCCAAAGGAUUGGAAAAGAUAGCUUGUGAGCCGCAAAAUGAAAUAAACUUUCUGAACCUAAAGGAGUCACACAACUCAAGAAGGAAACGGGAAAUUGCCGAGAAACAGAUUGAGGAUAGAAGAAAAUUUACUUUGUUUGCUGAAAGAAAAUACCAGACCCUUAACUGCAGCGUCAACGUGAACUGCGUGAACCUCAGGUGCCCGCUGCGCGGCCUGGACAGCAAGGCCUCUGUUAUUUUGCGCUCGAGGUUGUGGAACAGCACAUUUCUAGAGGAAUAUUCUAAAAUGAACUACUUGGACAUUCUCGUGCGGGCUUCCAUUGACAUAACUGCUGCCACCGAGAAUAUCAAGUUGUCAAACGCAGGCACUCAGGUUCGUGUGACUGUGUUUCCCUCGAAGACUGCAGCUCUACAUUCAGGAGUACCUUGGUGGAUCAUCUUAGUGGCUAUUCUUGCUGGAAUUUUGAUGCUUGCUCUAUUAGUUCUUUUAUUAUGGAAGUGUGGAUUCUUCAGACGCUCUAGGUACGACGACAGCAUCCCCCGAUACCAGGCCGUAAAGAUCCCCAAAGAAGAGCGGGAGAUCAACGACGAAAAACACAGCGACAACCCGGAGAAAAAGCAGUGGGUCACGAGGUGGAACGAAAAUGAAAGCUACUCCUAGGGGCCCAGGAGCGGCCCCGGGCCCAACCUGCUUUUUCAUUCCCCGGCUCAGAAACCCCAGUGGUUUCGGAGCCUGACUCCUGAAUAUUCGGUUCAGACAGACCCCACCGUAGGACGAACCUACAGUUUCAACGGCUGUGGACGUUGUUAGGUAGCCUGAGGCUCCCGUUUUGCACGGCCUAAUGUAAGACCGUUGGAAUGGAGUUUCCUUUCACUGCCUUAUUUAACUUUCUGGGUUGCCUCUGUCCGGCGCGGCUGGCUCGGCGGCUGGCGAAGCCCUGCCGGCUGCGC